UUCCCAAAUAAAAAUAUAUAUAGAGAACACACAAUUUUUUUUUUUAUACAACAAUUGCGUGAUUGAUUUUUUCAUUCACCUUCAUUAUAAUUUAGUAAUCAUCAAAAGAUAUUAAUCAAGGAUGUUGCACCGACUUGUUCGUCCAGUUGCACGAGUUGCAAAAACUGGAACUCGCAGAUAUCAUGAUGACAAGCCAUACAGAUUUGCCACCAUGGAUGAUGCACCAAAACCAGGUGGUUCCUGGCAGGAAAGAUACGACAAGAAACAAAAACUUUACAAUUUCCAAUUUGCUGGUGGACUCUUGUUCCUUGCUGGCACAAUUGCAUACGGCAAAAUGUCUGGAUGCUUCUACUUGAACAUGUCACCACCAGAUCCAGAUGUUGAAUAAAAAUAUUAAAAUAUGUUUACUUAAUUUAGUAAAUUAAUAUGUUAAAUAUAUAAAAAAAUAACAAUAA